GUCAUCACGCUCAAACGACCUUCACUUUGAUAGAACGCCGAGUUCUGUCGUUUAUGGCUGUUGAUGAAAUAAUAUCUCUUUUUAAUGCUCAUUAAAACGAAAUUUGUAUUUAAAGUAUAUUCAAAGUCUUUACAAGCAAUGUUCUCGUUUUAAAGUGCUGGGAAAGCCGCGAGUAAUGGCUUCGUUUAGAGAAAAACGGAUUAAAGGUGCUUCUCAAACAACAAACACGCGGCAGGAGAUUUCAGAUAAAAAGGGAUUUCACGUCCCACCUUUGACUGCCACAAUGAAAGAGAGCAAAAAGAAAAUGAAAGACACAACAAAGGAGAAAAAGAAAUCGAGGAAUUGUAUCAACCAAACUAAGGAUUCAGAGAAACUACAGACAGAGCAGUGGACCAACGGAGAGAUAAGUGAUGCUCAGGGCAAAGGUCAUGCCAAAGCCAAAGAACGAAAGAGCAGCAAAUCCAAAAACCCCAAGGUAGUAUCAGAAGUGGCUUUGGCUCCAACUGAGGAGGACAAAUCUGAUCUGACCCACCCUGGACAGGACAGCUUGAGGUGGGAAGGAGCUCUGGAAGACCCCAUUGCAGAGGCCCAGCGGCUGGAGGUCUACAGAGCAAAUCGCCGUAAGCGUUACAUGGCAUCAAUAACACUCACACAGACUCAAACACCUAAAAAUGAAAUACACAAAACAACCCUGGAGUUUUAACAUGAAGAACUUUGUCUUAUUAUCAGUCUACUAUCAUGUGCAGAGUCUGAACAGGUUUUGAGGGUAUUUUUUGGUGUUAUUAAUAACAUAACUGUAGUUGGAAAGUUCUUUAGGCCUGAAUAAGGAUGGAGGCCUAGUGCAUUAUAUUGUGCCUAUACAUCGAUCUUUGGUUUUGUUACCACUUUUCAUGCGUCAUAUAAGCUGUUCAGUUCAUGUAGUCGGCCAUCUCUGAAUAAUUUUACAAUAUAUUGAAAUAGAAAAGAGUUAUUUUAAGCUUUGGUUAGCAUGAGAGACUUCUUUCAAAAACAUUAAAGCACCUUGAAUACGUAUAUUCUCACACUCUUGAAUCAAACAAAACACUAUAAUUGAUGAAAGUAACAAAGUCUAAACCAGAAAAACAUAAUACUUUAUUGCUUUUUAAGGGUUACAGAUGUUUAUGAGCAUUACUAACAUGUGCUGUAUUUAAAAAAAAAAAAAAAACAAGACCAUGAAUGAGUAACAGUGACUAAAACUGCCCAACCAGUGCAAAUGAUACACUGGUUUUGCAGCACAUUGUAAUGUUUGUUCUGAUAUAAAUAACCUUGUGUGUGACUGUCUUCUGACUAUUAUCAUGGCGGCGACUACAUUCAAACAAUUCAUUCAUCUAAAACGGUCAUGAUAACAUUAUAAACUCUAAAAUAUGGUUGCCAUCCUGUGUUCACAUCUUGUAGUGGGAAAGGACCUCUUAACCCCCCUGGACCUCUUAGUUUAAGGGGUCACACUUGGCU